AUGUCUCUGACUGCCGAUCCACCAGCCUGCACCGUGCCAGCCGCCGGCGGAGCCUCCACGCACAAGCUCGUCAACGCGGGCACCGACAAGCUCAUCUUCAAGAUCAAGUCGUCGAACAACAACGAGUACCGCAUCACGCCCGUGUUCGGCUUCGUUGACCCGUCCGGCUCGAAGGACAUUAGCAUCACGCGCACCGCCGGACCGCCGAAGGAGGACAAGCUCGUGAUCCACUUCGCCCCGGCCCCGGCCGACGCGACCGACGCUCAGGCCGCGUUCGCCGCCAUCACUCCAGCCGGAACCGUCACCAUUCCGCUGUCGGCCACCGCCUAA